UGCCUUACUGGCACCUGUCUGUCUGUCAGUUCAGCCACCUGUCUGUCUGUCUGUCCUCCUCAGCUUGCUGCUCCCCUGGGCCACCACCAUGUCUCGGAGCCCCUCUGGUUCAUCUGUGGAUGACAAGACCUUGCUCCUGGAGUACCGAUGCCACCCAGCGCGGCAGGAGCCCUCCAGCCCCACCUAUGUCCCUGGGAAGCGCAGCUCCACCACGGCUCCCAGUGCCAUCCCAGUGUCACCACUGGCCUCCCCCACCUCUGCCGAGCCCCGCCGCAUCAUCCUCAGCACAGAGAGCCCGGCUGCACUGAAGGUGGGAACGCAGCAGCUCAUCCCCAAAAGCCUGGCUGUCUCCUCCAAGCCCAAGAACAGCCCCUCCCGGCACCAGAGCUUCGGGGUGAGCCGGGAACCCCUGAGCCCCGACCCGACACGGGUGGCCGUCGCCAUGCUGGCCCUGGAGGCUGAGGAUGAGGAUGAUGGCGGGGGGGCCCUGAAGCGCAACCUGAGGAACAUGUCGUACCGUGCGGCCAUGAAGGGGCUGGGCACCGAGCUGGAGCCAGCCAAGGCUGCUCCCUCGCUGAAACCCGUGUCUGAGGAUGGCAGCGCCCUGCCCGACCGCAGCCCCGGCAGGAGCAAGAGAACCCUCGGGCGGAAGCGGGUGCAGAAGCGUGGUGGCUCGUUCAAGGACCAGCCUCGGCUCUAUCAGGAGAUCCGUGAGAGAGGUCUGAACUCUGUCAGCCAUGAGUCAGACGAGGACUUGCUGGAGGAGUCUCUGCCAGAGGAGCCGUCCCCUCUGGGUGCUGCUAUCGUGGUGCAGAGCUACCGCCCGGCCCAGGUGACCUGGAGCCAGCUCCCAGAGGUUCUGGAAUCGGGCAUCCUGCAGAGAAUCUCCCCCGAGGAGCGCAAGCGGCAGGAGGCAAUGUUUGAGAUCAUCACUUCUGAGUACUCCUACAUGCACAGCCUGAGCAUCCUGGUGGGCCACUUCAUGAGGUCAGAGGAGCUGAAGGAGACCAUGACUCAGACAGAGCACCACCACCUCUUCUCCAACAUUGGAGACAUCCUGACAGUCAGCACGAGCUUCUUUGAAGACUUGGAGAAGCGACACCAGGAGCACCUCCUGAUCCCUGACAUCAGUGACAUCGUGGAGGAACACGCCUCGAAACACUUCAACCCCUACAUCAGCUACUGCUCCAAUGAAGUCUAUCAGCAGAGGACACUGGAUAAGCUGCUAACCACAAACCCCUUAUUUAAAGAGACCCUGAAACAAAUUGAAAGGAAACCAGAGUGUGGAGGCCUGCCAAUGAUCUCAUUUCUCAUUCUGCCCAUGCAGAGGGUAACACGGCUUCCUCUGCUCCUUGAUACGGUCCAGCAAAAAACAAACGCCCGCACUGCAGCGUACGGAGCUGCCACCCGCGCUGUGAAGGCCAUCAGCAAGCUGGUCAAGAGCUGCAAUGAGGGAGCUCGGGCUAUGGAGAGGACAGAGCAGAUGUACACCUUGCAGAAACAGCUGGAAUUCGGCAAGAAAAAGCCUUUCCCGCUGAUCUCGGUGUCGCGGUGGCUGCUGAAGCGCGGGGAGCUGUACCUGCUGCUCUCGGAGGAGGCCGGGCUCUUCCGCCGCGGCGCCGGCCGUCUCUGCCACCUCUUCUUGUUCAACGAUGUCCUCAUCAUCACCAAGAAGAAGAGCGAGGAGAGUUACACAGUCAUGAACUACGCCACACUGGACCAGGUCACCGUGGAGAAGGUGGAGAGCUCAGAUCCACCCUCCCCUCCUCCUGGCAAGGCUGGGGGGCACCUGCUGCGAGUGGUGCUGGAGAAGGACAGCGAGGGCCGGCGGGAAGAGGUGCUGCUGUCAGCAGAGACCCUGAGUGACCGGGCCCGGUGGAUGGCAGCGCUGAUGCACAGGGAGAAGGAAAAGCCUGACACCACUCCCAAAGGAGACCUGAGCCAGGUGGAGGUCACCCGUGCCUACCUGGCCAAGGAGGCAGAUGAGCUGUCCCUGCAGCAGGCAGACGUGGUGCUGGUGCUGGGGGAAGAGGACGGCUGGUGCUUUGGGGAGCGGCUGCGGGAUGGGGAGCGGGGCUGGUUCCCCCAGGCCUGUGCCCGGCCCAUCACGAGCCGCGUGGCCGCCGAGGGCAACGUGCGGCGCAUGGAGCGGCUGCGAAUCGAGACCGACGUGUAGGGACAGCCCAGGGGGACCCCUCUGCCUCAGGGACCUCCAGACCUCUGCAGACUGAGCCCACGGACAGGAGGCAGCCGCAGCAGAGCCUUUCUUCUUGAGCUGUGCUUGUCUCAGGUGGCAGAUGUCACGGGCCAGGACGGGUGUGUGUGGCAGCUGUGACACAGCAGCUCCUUCUGAGAGAGCUGGCGCCGGGCACGCCUGGCAGCGCUGGCACUGCUGACCCGGAACAGGCUCCGGGAGCAGCACAGGGCUGGGCUCGGCUUGGAAAGGCUGGAGCUGUUCUGGGCUCUGAGGUGCCCGUGCCACCAUCUCCGUCCCUGCUGACAUCUGGGCCAGCACACCUGGUGUGGGGAGAGCACACCCCAGUCAGGGAUUGUUGGGAGCUUAAAUCCAUGUGCUUGGCUUAUUUCUCAACCCAGAUUUUGCUCCUGUUUCUCUUUUUUCUGUCUCUCCCCCCUACAAUAAUUCCUAGGCCCUUUGGGCAGAGCCGUGCCCUGCACAGUGAGGUGAUGCCAGACACCUUUUGGUCACUUGAUAAAAUACUUGAUGCCAGAGUUGUUCCCAUGGAGUCAGCUCUGGCACCAGGAAUGGGAUAUGCUCCAGGCAGAGGGGGAAGCAGGGGCAGGAUGAGGAGCAGUGCUGCAGCUCCCACCUGCCUUUCCCUCCUCCCAGCUGGGAGGGGGCUCUGCCCAGGGCUCAGCCCCUCACACCCCGUACAGGGGACAUGGCAGCUACAAUUUUGGGGUGAGCCAGCCCCAUACGCUGCCAACUUCACAUUCACAGGGGCAGCGUUGAUGUAAGGUCUGUUCUGAUCAAACUGUUCAACUGUAAAUUAAGGUAACAAUAAAUUCUUGGAUGCCAAUGAA